UUAUAAACGGUCCGUAGCCAUUUAGUCGUUGCUUGAUUUAAUUUAAUUACGUGACUGGAGAAAUACUCGAAAAUGCAUUUUGUCGUAGAGUUCCGGUGUUUGAUGGCAGUGAUUUUACUGAACGGUGCGAGUUUCACUAGAUCGGCCGGUCAGAAUCUGAACAUGUUCUCAGCCCAACAGAGUCAGCCGGAUCCGUGUUACAGUGAACCGGGCGGUCAGCCAAGGCGCUGCGUUCCGGAUUUCGUCAACGCCGCUUUCGGCGUUCCGGUUGAGGCAUCCAGUACUUGUGGGACCCCGCCAAGUCGCUUCUGUGCCCUGUCCAGCGGCGACGAAGGGGAACGCCAGAGAAACUGCUUCGUGUGCGACGACAGCCAGCCGAAGAGGAAACAUCCUCCAGAGUACCUGACUGAUUUACACAACCCCAACAACCUGACGUGUUGGCAGUCCGAACCCUUUACCUCCAACCCGCAUAAUGUUACCCUGCACCUCGCCCUGGAGAAGAUGUACGAGCUCACCUACAUCUCGCUGGAGUUCUGCUCGAUCCGUCCGGAUUCUAUGUCCAUCUUCAAGUCGCAGGAUUACGGCAAGACGUGGCAGCCGUACCAUUACUACUCCGGCCAGUGUCGGAAGAUCUACGGCAUGAACAAGAAUGCUCUCAUCACCAAGCAGAACGAGCAGGAGGCGCUCUGCAGCGAUAUCCAGAGCACUGACCUACUGACAGGUGGGUCGAGGGUCGCGUUCAGCACCCUAGAAGGUCGCCCGUCUGCCUUCGAUUUCGACAACAGCCCCGUGCUUCAGGACUGGGUGACGGCUACGGACAUCAAGGUGACUUUCAACCGGCUACCGUCUCUAGGUGACGAGGAAUUAGACGACACAAUCCGGGAGAGCUACUAUUACGCAGUAUCUGAUUUCUCGGUCGGUGGACGGUGUAAGUGUAACGGGCAUGCUUCGAGAUGCAUCAAGGACCGGGAUGGCCUACCCAUCUGCGACUGUAAACACAACACGGCGGGUGCAGAGUGCGAAAUGUGUAAACCUUUCCACUAUGAUAGACCAUGGCAGAGAGCUACCACCAAAGAGGCCAACGAAUGUGUCCGUAAGUAUACAUAA